AAGCAUGCUUAACCAAUACAUAUAGUUUUAUUCAUACGUUUUACAGCGUGCUACUGUUGGCCACAAAAGUGAAAGAAAAACAAAGCAAAUUAAAGAGCAAUAGAAAUGGCUGCAAGGACACCAACAGGAGGAUUAACUGCUAUUCAGUAUGAGGAUUUUAAGCCCAAAUCCGAAUUUAAGGAAGAAGAAGGAGCUAAUAUAUUACUUUUACAUCUUCCUGCUGAUUUUCAUAAGGAGCAAAUCAAGAUCAAGUACGUGCGUUCGUCGAGUUCGAUAAGAGUUGUUGGUGAGCGACCGAUCAGUGGUAACAAAUGGAGUAGGUUCAACGAAGCAUUUCCCGUUUCUCAAAAUUGUGAUGUGCAGACAAUUCAGGCCAAGCUCCUAAAUGGAGUUCUUACCAUUACAAUGCCAAAACCCACCAUCGAGCAACCUCCAAUCCCUCAGAAACCUAUUUCCACAAGCACUGGUAAUGAAGGAAAGGAUAAGACACUGACUCCUCUGGAAGCCAGAACAGAGGAGAAGAUGAAAAAGCAAACAGAUGGUAAAUUUGAACAGAAGCCAAAUGAAGAUUUCUUUGCUGAGAAAGUGAAGGAUGUGAAAAAUGCGGCUGCUGCUGCAAAGAAGAUUGUGAUGGAGCUGAAAGAAGAGAGGCAAUCUCUGGUGAAUAUAGGUGUGGCAGUUUUAGUGAUUGCAGCACUUGGAACUUAUAUCUAUUACACCUUUGGAUCAUCCAGAAAUUCCAAGGACUAGUAUAUAUAUAUAUCCAGAAAUUUUAUAUUAUCAAGUUAUUUGUUUAAUGAUAAAGAGUCUCAUGGCAAUUCAAAAAAAAAAAAAUUAAUAUUUUUAUCAUAA